ACCCAGUGACUUGCACUCGUCUAGAUCUAGAUCUAGAGAGAGAGAGCAAGAGCAAGCGAGAGAGGAGAAAGAGAGAAAAGAGGAGAGAGAGAGAGAGAAGAGAGAUAAAGAGGAGAGAGAGAGAGAGAGAGAGAGAGAGAGAGAGAGCAAGAGAGAGAGAGAGAGAGACAGAGAGAGAAAAAGAGCGAUAGAGAGAGAGAGAGAAAGCGAGAGAGAGAGAGGAAGAGAGAGAGGAGAGAGAGAGAGAGAGAGAGAGAGAGAGAGAGGAGAGAGAAGCGAGCGAGAAAGAGAGUGAAAGAAAAAGAGAGAGAGAGU